AAAUGAAUCGAGAUAACCAAAAAGCUUAAUUUAAAAGCCAAAAUAUAGUGAGCGUAUACAGAGGCACUGAUAUUCUACUAAUGGGUGCCUUAAUUGGAUGAACAAAGCUCUUACAAAUAUUUCAUCAUGCUAGCUUGCUUCUACAAAACUCAGCUACAUUACCAUUUACUGUCAGACACAAGAGCAGCAGCUAACUAAUCUAACCAGACAGAGUUAACAGGAUGAAGUCGGGUAUUAUUUGCACAUGGCAGGCUUACAUUUCCUUAUCCAAUCUAAAGGAGACAAUGAUUUUUUUUUUUUGCUUGGUAGCAUCGAAUUAGUAGGCACAGGACUAGCCUUAGCCGGCUAACACAUGCGGCUGUUUUACACUGUGUGCGCUAUUACACAGACCUAAUAACGACAAUAAAGUCGUACUUUCUUUCAAUUGAAUAUCACUGUCGUUGCUGACACUUUCACUAUGGUGUCAAUUUACACAAUUCUGAUCUUCGCCUUUGAAUUUGGCUACUUUCGAUGGUUUCAUUCAUCAGGUAACGGGUUGACUCACCCAGCUGUCACCGUUAGCACUUCAGAUUCUCCUGCUGAACUCUGGCACAGCACUCCAGUAAAAAAGAAAAAUGGUGGUGCAGCACAGGAGAGUGACCAACCCUCUGUCCUGACCAACUUCAACAUGGACAGUACAUUAAAGCAAUGGGCCAAAAAUAUCCCUCGCAUCUCAGCAGACACCCCCAGUAUUCCAGUCCUGCAGGGCGCUGAGUUUCCUGUAAAUGAUGUGAGUGCCUCCACCAUCCAGCGGCAGAGGAAGGAGCUCCAGCUGCUGAUGGCUGAGCUGAAGGACAGGGACAUGGAGCUAAACACCAUGGCAGCUUCCCACCAUCAGCAGCUUUAUGCCUGGGAGAAAGACCGCAAGAUGGUGCUCACCCUGGAGCACAGAUGUGCCCGUUUGGAUGAUGAGCUACAGAAGCGGAAUGAGGUGAUCAGAGUCUUGACAAAACGUGCUUUGGUUGUGGAAACCAGAGAGAAAGAAGUGAGAAAGGAGCUUAGCGAAGCCCACCAGCAGCUCAGUGAGCUUGAACAGAAACAACAGAACAUCAGCAAAAAAUGUCAAGAUUUUGAGGAGAAGAACUUGAGUCUGAACUCCACAGUCAUGGCUUUGUCCACACAAGUUGGCUCUCUGCAGGUCAGAGAGGAAGAACUGAGUUCCAUGCUCAAACUGAAGGACAAAGAUGCGACUGAAGCAUCUGGCCAUGUACUUGACCUCACAGGGCGCCUACGAAGCAUGGAGGUGUCACUAACAGAGAGUUGCUCACGGGAAAGCAAGUUAGUGAGAGAUUUAGAGGAACAUAAACACCGUUACAGAGAAGCCAGACAUGAGAUCACACACUUAAAAGAAGAGCUGCAGCAGCAGGUAACACAGAGCAGCACCCAGAGAGAGGAGAUCAUCCGCCUCAAACAAGAGCUUCAGCUGGUUCGCAGAGAUCUGGCCUUGUCAGGGGAGGGAGACAGCUGGAAAGAUGAGCUGCUUGAACUGGCUCGCUCCAAACAGGAACGAACCAUGUCUGAGCUCCGCUGUCUACGUCAGGUAUGUGAAAACCAGCGUAAUGACCUUCAGCUGUUGCAGUUGAAUCUGGAAAGCGCCCGUGAAACCCUGAGGGAGAAAACUAAUCAGGGAACAGUCAGCAGUGGGGAUGAGUUCACAUGUGGCUGUGCGGAAAGUCGGUCUCCUCCAUCCCUGAGGGGGAUGACUGGUCUUCAAAACCCACUGAAUGGAGACCAGGGACUGUUCUCAGCACCUUUAACAGAUGCUGAUGAUCCAUUAUCCAGCCGUUCUCUACAGGAGCUCUUGGAUGAAUCCAGACAGGUUGUGUCCACUUCAGACAGCAGUAUGUUGAGACGUCCAAGCUCUUCACUGAAAACCAGCCCUCUUCAUUGCUCUACAUGCCAGAUGCCUCGUGCCCACUCAGCUACCCCAACACACAAGGUCAAUGAGGUGCCACCCAAAGCCUACCUCCGCCAUGGUCCCAGCCCACCAUGCCAACAUCUUAACUGAGAUGCGGAUUUUGAAGAAGAAACUCCCACAGUUCACUCAUUUAAAGUUUCACAGUGUUAAUACAUUAGAU